GAACGCUUUAAUAAUAGUGUACUUCUCCUCCUCUGCCCUCAUUCCUCCUCUUUUUCUCUUCUCGUCUUUCGUUCUCUCUCUGUUUCUCUCUCUCUCUCUGUGGUUCUGUAGCUGCAGCUGCUACUGCUGAGCUUUUUGCAGUAACUUCACUGAAGAACACACCAGUCAGGAGUUAUAAUGGCCGGAAGAGGAACUGUGAAGCCCCAGAGUGGAUUUGAUGCCAAUAAAGAUGCUGAGGUUCUUUUUAAGGCCAUGAAAGGACUGGGCACUGAUGAGGCAACUAUUCUGCAGCUACUGACCUCCCGCAGCAACGCUCAACGCCAACAGAUCAAAACUGCCUACAAGACCCUGCAUGGCAAGGACUUGGUGAAUGAUCUGAAGUCAGAGCUGGGAGGGAAGUUUGAGGAUCUGGUCGUGGGGCUGAUGGUUACACCUGUGAUCUUUGAUGUGACCACACUGAGAAAUGCCAUUAAGGGGGCGGGCACCAAUGAGAAAGCAUUGAUUGAGAUCCUGGCCUCUAGAACUCCUAAUGAGAUUCGUGAAAUCAUCAAGACCUACAAACAGGAAUAUGACCAUAACCUGGAGGAUGAUGUGACUGGUGACACUAGUGGACACUUCAAGAGAGUGCUGGUCAUUUUGCUACAGGCCAACAGACAGCAGGGUGUACAAACCGGCAACAUCCAGAGUGAUGCUCAGGCCCUGUUUAAUGCAGGUGAGAAGAAAUACGGAACUGAUGAAGAUGAGUUCAUCACUAUUUUGGGGAACCGCAGUGCUGAACACCUUAGACAAGUGUUUGAUGCGUAUAUGAAGCUGUCAGGUUUUCAGAUAGAAGAAAGCAUACAGAGAGAAACUUCUGGAGGACUGAGAGACGUACUUCUGGCUAUAGUGAAGUGUGCCAGAAGUGUUCCUGCCUAUUUUGCUGAGUGUCUGUACAAUUCCAUGAAGGGUGCAGGAACUGAUGAUGCCACUCUGAUAAGGAUCAUGGUCUCUCGCAGUGAAAUUGAUCUGCUGGAUAUACGUGCCGAGUUCAGGAAGUUGUUUGCAACUUCUCUGCACAAGAUGAUUCAGAAUGACACCUCUGGGGAUUAUCGUAAAACCCUGCUGCUGCUGUGUGCUGGAGACGAUGCCUAAUUCUACAGAUCUACAGUGAAGAAAACUCUGAGCAUUUCUGUUCAUGACGAAAGCAUUCAUUAGAUAACAUACUUGUUUACUUACAAUGCCAUUUUAAUGAAUUUCAGACGUAUGAAAAUGAAAUUCAGACUAUUUAUUCUUUGUACAUGCAACUAAUAGCAAUAACUACAAUUAAUAGCAUUAGAAUUGAAUAAUCUAUGUUCAUGAAGGCUUUUUUUGAUAAAUCCUGGCAGUUUUAUACGCUUGUGUAACAGUCUGUACUGUGUGAAAUGUAAUGCUUAGCUAUAAAAGAAACAAUUAGGUUGGGUUGGGUUGGGUAGUCGAGUUUAACGCCACAUCAGCUCGUCGGCUAUUUCGCGGCAGGAAAGGUACUGUCUAAUCACAAGGUUCUACGAUCUAAGCCAUCGCAAGGCAGACAGACACAGACAGACACACAGACACAUUCACUCACACACUCACACCUAAGGGGCAAUUUCAAUCAAGUUCCAAUUAGCCUGAACGUGCCGUCUUUGGACUGUGGGAGGAAACCGGAGAACCCGGAGGAAACCCACACAGACACGGGGAGAACGUGCAAAAUCCACACAGAAAGACCCGGGACGCCCCAGCCGGGAAUCGAACCCAGGCCGUCUUGCUGUGAGGCGGAAGUGCUACCCACCGCGCCACCGUGCCGCCCAGAAACAAUUAGCAGAAAGCUGUAGGAGAAAGAUGGUGCUAUGUAAACACACACAGUAUGACCACAAUGUAACAUGUAGUUUCUUAUACUGCUUUAAUGCAAUAAAUAUAUGUGUAUAAAACGUU